CUCCUGCCCGCGCCCAGUCGUUGAGGUGACCGGAGUUUCUCUUCCGCUGACAGCCUGCUGUCUGUCAUACAGCGACCAUGUUGUCCCAUUCCCGGUGUCUCACCAGGAAUUUUGGGCGUUCCCUCUCUGCCAUUCGCCAGGGAAACAAUGUGUUAGCUCGUCGGGCCACCUCAGGUGUGUCAGCUUGCCAUCCUAUCACUUUAAACAAUAGUGUAUCCUAUAAUCCCCGAUCCAGUGUCUUCCAAAUCCAGUACUUCAGGACAUCUGUAGCUUACAGAGAUGAAGUUGUCACAGUCAAAACUCCUGCGUUUGCGGAGUCUGUCACAGAGGGGGAUGUAAGGUGGGAGAAAGCUGUUGGAGACGCUGUCGCUGAGGAUGAGGUGGUGUGUGAAAUUGAAACAGAUAAGACAUCAGUACAGGUUCCCUCUCCUGCUGCCGGAGUGAUAGAGGAGCUUUUGGUCCCAGAUGGAGGGAAGGUCGAAGGAGGAACGCCACUCUUCAGGCUUAAAAAAGGAGCUGGGGCGUCCAAAGCUCCAGAAGCUCCAAAAGCAGAGGCCCCAGCUGCUUCGGCCCCUCCGCCACCUUCUGCUGCUCCAACUCCCCCUCCCCCCUCAAGUGUGGAGCCCAUUCCCACCAUCAUGCCCACCGUGCCACCUGUGCCAGCACAUGCUAUGGACACCAAACCAGUUUCAGCCAUCAAACCCACAGCUGUUCCAGCUGUACCAGCAGCCCACGCUGAGGGAGGAUCUAAAGCCGCAAGGACAGAGAGCAGAGUUAAGAUGAACCGCAUGAGACUAAGAAUUGCCCAGAGGCUGAAGGAAGCCCAAAACACCUGUGCUAUGUUGACUACCUUUAAUGAGGUCGAUAUGAGUAACAUCACCGAUAUGAGGAAGGCCUACAAAGAUGCUUUUCUGAAAAAGCACAACAUCAAACUGGGCUUCAUGUCUGCGUUCGUGAAGGCUGCUGCUCAAGCUCUAGUUGACCAACCUGCUGUUAACGCAGUGAUUGAUGACACAACUAAAGAGAUUGUGUACAGGGACUAUGUUGACAUCAGUGUUGCUGUAGCAACGCCAAAGGGUUUGGUGGUUCCGGUAAUCCGAAAUGUAGAGGGAAUGAACUUUGCAGAUAUUGAGAAGGCUAUCAAUUUGUUGGGAGAAAAAGCACGUAAAAACGAGCUGGCUGUCGAAGACAUGGAUGGAGGCACCUUCACCAUCAGCAAUGGUGGUGUGUUUGGGUCCUUGUUUGGCACACCCAUAAUCAACCCACCUCAGUCUGCUAUAUUGGGCAUGCAUGGCAUCUUUGACAGACCUGUUGCAGUUGGUGGCAAGGUGGAGAUCCGUCCCAUGAUGUAUGUGGCUUUGACAUACGAUCAUCGUCUCAUCGAUGGAAGAGAAGCCGUCACUUUCCUGCGUAAGAUCAAGUCGGUGGUGGAGGACCCUAGGGUGCUCCUCCUCGACAUGUGAACCUUCGUCAACUCUGGACCCCCACCCCCCCAAACCAACCCCACAUCAACCGUGGCUGUACUCGCCCAAAAAACUUUACCAUAACUACAGUUAAUGUAUUUGUUUUUAUUGGUUAAUUUGGGAAAAAAAGGAUUUGUUGUGCAAUGGACAUUUGUAAGAGCAGGGGGGCAGAAGGGUUUGGUACUGGGAUCUGUGGUUUCAGGUGCUGGUCUCUUGAUCAAAGAAAAAUAAAUAUAACUUGUUCACCAAAUAUCAAUUUCUACACAGAAUUAAAAAAAAUCCACUUAUUGUGAGUUGACAAGCAAGUAAAGAUGCAACUAUUUAGAAUUUUAUUAUUGUGGUUGAGAGAAGAACAAUGAGCACAUAUUGGGCUAGAAAACAAGAAACACUAUGUUUUAAAAAAUCUCCAAAUGAAGGAAUCCUCAGAGGUUUUAUGCCAUCUAGUUCAUAAAAUUCUCUUUUUUUCUUUUGCUGUGUGAGAUGGACUAUUUAAGAAAAAAGGAAAGUUUUAAACAAUAAAAACUUCAUUACCCCA